AUGGCCUUCCGCAGCGUCAAGAACCUCGCUCCUCUCCUCGACCGUGUCUUGGUCCAACGCAUCAAGUCUGAUGCCAAGACUGCUUCUGGAAUUUUCCUCCCAGAAAGCUCUGUCAAGGAGCUCAACGAAGCCAAGGUCCUCGCCGUUGGCCCUGGAGCUCUUGACAAGGACGGCAAGCGAAUUGCCAUGAGUGUUGCCCCAGGUGACAAAGUCUUAGUUCCUCAGUUUGGUGGAAGCCCCGUUAAACUCGGAGAGGAAGAAUACUCCUUGUUCCGAGACCAUGAGCUAUUGGCCAAGUUCAGGGAAUAA